CUUAUACCGCCUGCGCCGAACCAUGGGCCUCGAAGACAGAGCAGCCGCGCCCGUGCGCACGGAGUCCUUCCGCGAGACUCGCCCGCAGAUCGUCGGCCCCGAAGUCCCUCAGAAGCCAUUCCCCAUUCACCUCUCGGGUGUAGUCCAACGAGGUUUUGGCCGCGGAGGCAAAGAUCUUGGUUGCCCCACGGCCAAUCUGCCGGACGAGUCGAUCGCCCCGAUGAGCUCCGUUACGGAUACGGGUGUAUACUACGGUUAUGCCCAAGUAUCAAGAGAGAAGGAUGGGAAAGUCAUACUCUCCGAAGAAGACGGAAAAGUGCUCCCCAUGGUCAUGAGCCUGGGCUGGAACCCGUUCUACAAGAACGAGAGAAUGACUGCGGAGAUCCACAUCAUGCACGACUUCAAGACAGAUUUCUACGGACACGACAUGAAAGCGAUCGUGCUCGGGUACAUUCGCCCUGAACUAGAUUACACUACACGAGAGGGCUUGAUCGACGACAUAGAAAUGGACAAGCGAGUGGCAUUGAACUCUUUGGCGCGGCGAGCUUAUGAGGACUACCAGUGGGAUCCAUUCCUCGACUUGGCCACUGCUCAUCCUAGACUUUGAGAUGGACGGCUAUGUAUCACAUAUUAUAAUGUACGGAUUCCGACUUGGAUUAGAAGGCAAUUAGAUGUACC